AUGUCCACCGCAGUUAUCUCCGCCGAGGAUGCCCUUGAGCCCUCUCUGCAGUCUCUCCUGGACCAGCGAAGCCUUCGUUGGAUCUUUGUCGGUGGUAAGGGUGGUGUCGGCAAGACCACGACUUCUUGCUCCCUUGCGAUUCAGCUUGCCAAGGUCCGACGCUCUGUUCUUCUCAUCUCGACCGAUCCCGCCCACAACCUUUCAGAUGCUUUCUCUCAGAAGUUUGGCAAAGAGGCCCGCCUUGUCAAUGGGUUUGACAACCUGAGUGCCAUGGAGAUCGACCCGAAUGGUAGCAUUCAGGAUAUGUUAGCAGGCCAGGGCGACGCCGAUGAUGUCAACGCUGCGGCUGGUGGUCCUCUGGGAGGCAUGAUGCAGGAUCUGGCAUUCGCAAUCCCCGGUAUCGACGAGGCUAUGUCAUUUGCCGAAGUCCUGAAGCAAGUCAAGUCCCUCUCAUACGAGACCAUCGUCUUCGACACAGCCCCGACAGGCCACACCCUGCGCUUCCUCCAGUUUCCAACCGUUCUCGAGAAGGCUCUCGCAAAGGUUUCUCAGCUGUCGUCACAGUAUGGUCCUCUCCUCAACGGCUUCCUUGGCUCUGGAGGUCAGCUACCCAACGGACAGAACCUCAAUGAUAUGAUUCAGAAACUUGAAUCCUUGCGAGAGACCAUCGGCGAGGUCAAUACUCAGUUUCAGGACGCCGAACUCACCACAUUUGUCUGUGUGUGCAUUGCAGAGUUUCUGAGCCUCUACGAGACGGAGCGUAUGAUUCAGGAGCUUGCUGGUUAUGGUAUCGAUACCCACUCCAUCGUUGUCAACCAGCUGCUCUUCCCCAAGAAGGCUAGCGAUUGCGAUCAGUGCAACGCCCGUCGCAAGAUGCAGCGCAAGUAUCUUGACCAGUAUGAAGAAUUAUAUGCUGAGGACUUCAAUGUCGUCAAGAUGCCUCUCCUGGUUGAGGAGGUACGAGGAAAGGAGAAGCUUGAGAAGUUUAGCGAAAUGCUUGUCACGCCCUAUGUUCCUCCUGAGUAA